CCAAAAGUGACAACAUAUUUCUCCAAACGUCAGCUCGGACUAGAUUUAUGAAAAACUACUCGGUUCAUAAGGUUUUAUAUUGUCAGGCUUGCUCGGUUAAUUUACAUCAGAUUUUUGGGGUUUUACUUUUCAAACAAAUGUUAAUGAUUCACCAAUAGUAAACACAAAUCUCGUAAAUUGAUAGGAGCUGUAAACCGCUACUGAGUGUGGUUUCUUUGUGGCGACAGUCAGCCAGGGUUCCAUUCAUAGCCAACCAAUCAGAGUGCAGUUUGUAGGGCAACGCGGCCAAUAGCAGGCGCUGUUAUUGUUUAGCUCCGAUGCGUCUACGGAGAGACAGUAGCAAGUGGGCCGCUUUGUUGCUAACACAAUUCAUUCAUGUUUUUGCUUAUUUUAUUAUUAAAUUAAGAUAAAGUUUCGCUCGCCGGAGACGGAUUUUGUUCGAAAUACAGCGCACGGGUUUUUGUUUAGCGGAAAAUUAAGUGAAAGUGGCUCUUUAAUUAGCUAAACGUGUGUUGUUGGGCUUGGGCUACAUUGUUAGCAACUAGGCGCCGUUUGACAACAGCGCUAUUCGGGCACGUUGUCUGUGUUGUUGUCUGAGAGAAGAGCCAGGUACGCUUUCAACAUCCUUAAGCCCAAAAAAAAUCAAAAUCAAACGCAAUCUCUAAGAAGCCAUGGCCGAAUUCCUUGAAGAUCCGUCGGUCCUCACCAAGGAUAAGCUCAAGAACGAGCUGCUGGCCAACAAUGUGGCUCUGCCGAGCGGGGAGCACAAGAAGGAAGUGUACAUCCAGCUCUACCUCAAGAACCUGACCGCGCUGAACACCAAGAGCAGCCCGCCACCCCCGGACCCCUUCUCCAGCGACGAUGAGCUCCCCACCCCCGUGGUCUCCAACAGAAGCCGCUCUGGGAGAAAGGCCGCAAGGAAGACGGACAGGCCUCGCACUGAGGAGACAGACGUGACCGAAAUUACGGAUGAGGACUUGAGGGAACAGCUGGUAAAGCAUGGCGUGAAUACUGGACCCAUUGUGGAGGCUGUCCCAGAGAUCACCGCCCUGGCAGACACUAACCAGAACGGCAACACCCAUACUGACCAGUACAGUGACAAGGAAGACGAGGAGAUGGGUGCUCCUGAGCCUCCGCCUGUUGUAGAGAGAGCCAUAAGGAGCCGCGGCAAAAUCCCCGUCACCACCAGGACCAGCAGCAGAAGGCAGACCAAGGUGGUGGAGGAGACCCUGGCUAGCGGGGACCAGACGCCUACCAAAGGCAGCGAGAGUGUGGUGGAAGAUAUCCUUGCCAAUGAAUUCAGCACGCCCAUGGGCAUCAGCGCCACCUGCAGGCGGCCCAUAAGAGGCGCGGCGGGCCGACCGCCGAAGCCCAGUGAGUACUGGCUGGACGAGUCCCUCCUGAAGCGCAGCGCCCAGAGGGAGAGCCGCCCCUUCAGCUCCGAGUCCCUCUCCAGAGGCUGCGGGGACGCCGCCUCAGAGGGCUCGGGCGGGAAGGCGGCGGCGGCCUGCUGCGGCGGCGGCGGCGGCUUCCUUUGCGGCGUCCUGCGCUCGCUACUGUGGCUGCUGCUCCUGGCGGCGGUGGCGGGCGCCGUCUGCUACGCCUACACCCACCUGGACGCCAAGCGGGUGGGCACGGAGCUCAGGGGCCUCCUGGACAGCGUGGUCACCCCUCUCCAGGGGGCGGUGGACCACGCUGUGGCCCACCUCGGCCUCGGCGCCGCCAGCACCGCGGACGGAGCCGGCAAGUAAGGACACCAGCACCCCCGCCCCGCCAAGCCCAGCCCAGCCCAGCUCCCCUGCCCCCCCCCCCCCCCCCCCUUCCAUCGCCACGCCCUGUGUCAUUUCCUGCCAUGCGUCGACCGCAGCGCAGCAGUUAACCUGGAUAACCUCAUUUGAUAAAUCGUUAAAUCAAGGACACCGUUUUACGCGGGUGGACUCUUUCUCACGCCGCUAAUUUGUGCAAGCUUUUUAUUUUUUCAUUUCUUUCUCCUGUUCUCUCUUUCAGCUUUUGGUAUUAAAAAAAAUAACAGGAAGGGGGAAAGAACCACAUAUUUUAGGAUGUUUUUAAUCCGUGUGAAUUGUUUGUCUUUGUCUCCAUCUUACCCGUAUGUGUAGAAAUAGGCGGAGAAGGAAAAUGGCAGUUAUUAUUGCAUGUUUGUAUUUUUUCGAGAUGCCAUCGGUCUGUAACGGCCGGGGCUGAGGCUUAUUCUUUCUGACUGCGCGACGCCGGACACUGUGGGCAGCACCUGGUGCCCCCCCCCUAGCCCCCCACCCCCCCACCGCCUCCUAUUUUCAAAGCACACCGUGAUGCUACUAACCACAGCGUCUCUACCACAUGUGUUUUCUAUGUAGACCAUAAUUUGAAUCUACUGUGUAGUUGUAGAGCUAGAUAGAAUGCCUCAUUAUCGCCGCCGGGCGCAGGCCGGCCCCCCUUGACCUGCGCCCGGCGGGGCACGGGAGCAUACUAACCGAUGUACAAGAUGUGAUGUUUUACGUUCGGUGACUAGUCACCGGCAAUGCUCGGCUGAACGCUGGCCUCAAGGCUAGCCUGAUAGAACGAGCAGAAGUUAGGACGCGAGCAUCGGCGCGUAGGGCUCGAGAUUUUACACUGCCAAGAGGCGAUGCCGUCGAAAUCUCGAUUUUGAAUUGAACGCAUACAUUCUAAUAAUGUGCCCAAAUGCCAUUGGUUAAAGGAAACGCGUUUUUGAAUCCGUACCAGGCAGCGGUACGUACAGGAUGUGCAGCCCUGCCCGAGUGCCCAUGUGAGUUGACAUGCAUUGGUUUUAGUGCUUUGUUGUGCUUUUUGAAAAGGUUUCUGAUCCUUCAGUCCCAUCGGCAGGACUGGCUGUGCAGUGCACCCACAUAAUCCAUCUCCCUGCCCACAGAGCCACGGAGGAAGCUCCACACGGUGGACUUUCACUUUCACUCUUGACUAAGGCUGCCUAAUGUAAAUCAGAACAAUUUUAACAAAUUGUCGGCGACACGGGUCCUUGACCACCACAAAGAGGAGAGCUUGUUUGGGUGCACGGAGGGUGCGUUCCAAAAGAAUAGGUAUCUUUGUUUGUAUUUUCAUAAUUUUCUAAUGCGGUGCGUUGAGACCAUUUUAUAAAAGCCAUGUACUAAGUGAAAGCAGUAUGUACAUGGACCCGGAGAAACACAUUUGAUUUGGUCUUUCAUAUGGCAGCUAAUUGGGAUUAUGUGGGUAAGGAUUUCAAAUCUGUUUUUAUUUAUGAUGAUGUAGAUGGUAUAUCAUGAAAUAAACUUUGUAAUUGAGAUAUUCGUUGCCAUUGUGUCUUUUUGCUGCCUAGAUGUAAGGAGUCCAUCAAAUGAUAAA